AUGGACGAGGACUUCUCCUCCCAGAUGAAGAAGAUGGCCUUGGCCAUGGGCACAUCCCUGUCAGACAAGGACAUAGACCUGCUGCCCACCGACAUGAGGCACCAUGGCUCCUUCAACUACAUCAAGUUCUUCGAGUACAUGCAGAAGUUCCCGGCCUCGGGGCAGCAGGAGAGUGUCAUCCGCAAGGCCUUCCAGACCCUGGACAAGGACAAGAGCGGCUUCAUCGAGUGGAAUGAGAUCAAGUACAUCCUGCACAUCAUCCCCAGCAGCGGGCCCACCACCCCACUGACGGACGAGGAGGCUGAGGCCGUGAUCCAGGCAGCCGACACGGAUGGGGACGGGAGGAUUGACUUUGAAGAAUUUUCUGAAUUGAUCAAAAAGGAGAACAUUGCAAAGAAGUAGCACCACGUCCAGCCCCGGCCGGCUGAGCAUCCCCCGAGGGGCACCGUGGGUUUCGCGAGUGCCCCAUGGAGGCCAUGGGAGCGGACGCAGCUUGAGCCAGGAAAAUGGAAGAAAAACAGCAUUAAAUGAACCGCAGCCCAUGUGUCUGUUGGGUGUUGCAGCGUCAGCUGGGGCAGGGGCAGGGUCAUGGGUCUCUGGGCGACAGGUGGCGGGCAGGGUGGCAUGGGGGGUGCAGGAGGGAAAAUGGAAGACCGGGUGGUGGGUG